GGAAACAUUGCCGGGCCUGAGGUCCUCAUCAUUGUACCGCUCGUGUUUGGCGGGUUUGUGGCCGCCCAGGCCUUUGAACCAGGGACCACCCGCCUGUUUGGGGCACGGCAAAAGAUGCCGCCAGGGCUGCGGACACUAGUCAUGUUGCAGAUCCUUAGCGCUCUCGCCGGCUACAGUCUCUGGUUCUGGUGCAAGGGUCUCGACAGCAUCUUGCCCGUCGCCGAUGCCGAGGCGGGUGCUGAUGUUGCCCCGUGCACGUAUUACGCCUUCGUGCUGUCUAGGGCUGAGGUCUCCCGUCUCCGCGUCUUUGGGAUCCUCAUGAGUGGUCUCGGCGGCAUAUGUUUUGUCGUCGCCGACUCCCUGUCCCUAAUCGGGCCCGCUCUGAGCUGCAUCCCGUCGGGGCGGAGGAUUGCUGUCUGGCACCUGAUGGCGGCGGCCCUGGGCAUCGGCAAUGCGCAAGAUACGAUGGACACGCCGCCAUGGCGAAUCUGGGCAAAGAUGAUGGCGAGUGUCGCAGCAGUUGGCUAUAUCGUCGUCACGGUAGAGGUGACACUCGCUUGGAAUCCCAUUGAGGGUGCCAACGACAUGGACAGCGUAGGCCAACCCGUACCGCUCAUCAUUGGCGGAAUGGGUCUGGCUAGGAUGGCAUAUCUCUUGUUGAGAGAGAGGCUACAAGCACAUGGCGGAUCGCUAUUGGCGAGCCGCAGUGGUUCUGGAGGGCUCGAGCUCUCUGGGGGUAUCGGUCACUUGCUGAUUGAGGCCGUCUCGCCUUCCGGCUCAUUCCGACUACGACUUUCACUCAACUCAUACCGUAACUCCAGCUCGAAUUUGCGUUCGUCAAUACUAAGCGAUCAAGUUCCGCCUGACAUCUCACCUCGUUCAUCCCCUUACUCCACCUACCAGGGUAUCCCCCCUUCGUCCGUGGGAUGACUGCGUAUCUACCUAUUAUCCAUCUCGUCCAGUACUAAAAUAAUAGGAGGCCUCCUCGUCGCUUAGCGUAUUGGGGACGUCUCCGACUAUGGCUUAGAUAAUCCCGUUAGGCAUAUUCGAACCGAAUGUUGGCGUAGCUUCUGCGGGGCCUGCAUAAGGGUAGUUAU